GAGCUAUUAAAACAACAAUUCCCACCUCACUUAUCGCUGGUGAGGCAGGGCUGUGCAGCGUUGUCAUGCGGCCAUUGGAUGGAUAUCCUUCACUCACUGAAGACAUCGCGAGCUUUCCAGAUCGAACGUCUUUAGUGUUCAGGCGUUUUGAUAAGCUUGCUGUACGUAAUCUGCUCUAUCUGCAGAGUGAGCUGGUCGAGCUCGAGGCAAUGCAAGAACAACUAGAUAGCGAAGAUCGAAGCCAUGAGUAUAAUGAUUUGGCUAUUGGAAGAUGUGCCAUGAACUGGGAGGCGUUCAGAAAUGCUGCAAACGACCCUGCAAGUAUCAAACAACGAAAGCGAAUGGAUUUGAGGGAAACUAUACGGGAAAAAAUGAAAGAGUACAGAAAGGCACUACUAUCCGAAAGCCAAAUGGCGCAACUCGGACCACCCCCAAUACGCACCUUUGACGCCGUUCAUCAUGCCUCAACGCGCUUCAACAAGGUAGCAAACCAGCGGGAUCCAAUUUUCGGGGGCCAUAGUGCUACCCUGUAUGAAAGAAACGAUGAUCUGGUCCUCUUGAAGCAGCCCGCAUACGAAGACCGCGUGACAACGUUUGUACAGCGAUAUCUUCCGAUCCUUUUCCUAGCAGAAAGGCGAGAGAACGGUAUGGCAUACGUUCCGGAAAAGAGAAUCGCCCGGUUUGUGACGAUUGUUAGCGUCAUCAUCGCGGUCGUCCUGCUCUUCGUCGCAAUCUUGGUCCUGUAUUAUGUCGACAACCCCACAACCAAGCUGAUCAUGAUCGGCGUAUUCGUGCUAUUGUUUGCUGGCAGCGUUAGUAUCUUCACUGCUGCGAAGCGAUCAGAGGUAUUCGCAGCCACGGCAGCCUACGCAGCAGUGCUGGUGGUCUUCGUAAGUGGAAACCUUGGCUCGAGCAAUUCUGAGGUGGCGGCGCAUGGAUAGGUGUCGGUGCGACAGCGGAUAUCUGGGUUCCGCAUCCUGUAUCUUAGCGUCGAGUCGUGAUGGUGAUAAUGUUGUCUGCUUUGCGCAUCGGUGCAAUUAUCAAG